AUGUGUUACGAUUGGAAAUUAAAGCAUUUAAAACAUAACUAUGUUCAGUAUAGUAGAUAUACACCAUCGCAUAGAAUUAUAUUAGGUUUUUCAUUAGAGUAUGAUUUUAGUCGCCAUUACUAUACUUAUGAACAUACGCCACGACGAAUUGAUCAAUUUUUACGAUGGUUAACAAAAAAAAAGAAACAAGAAGCGACAACAAUAGGUGGAUUCAUGAUAUUUCAUAUUGGUAUUGAUCAAAAUAAUAAUGAACAAACAUGGAAAUUAUUCAACUACCAGCAACAGUCAAUUCGAGAAUGA